AUGGAGUGUGCAGUUGACACUCAGCCAGGUUUGUGAUCAUGAUUUGCAGAAACAUCCCUGUAAUGUGAAGGAUGGUUAUUCUCACAUAGGGUUAUACCUACAUUUGGGAAAUUAUGGGAAAUUCAUGGACCAAUAAAUGUUCAACCGACCUUUACUUGUUGAUACUUCCUUAAUUAUCAUUUGGAAGGUACCAGCGACUUAUAAACUCCUGUUAUUGGUUGCUGGUGGAACUCUGAAAAACAAGGAAAUAUUCAGAAAGAUAUUAAGCCCUCUUUUUGUGGAUAAAAUAUUUUUGGGGAUAUUCUUAUCAAUUUCACCAGCAUACUUCCAAAUUGAGAAUUAAGGAAGUAUACGCAAGUAAAUGUUUGUUGAUUUUUUUUUUACCGUGCUUUAAAUAGACCAUCGGCUCGACCUCAAACAUAAACUAGCUAUAGCUAUGCCGCUGGAGGUUCAUACUGGAUUGGCUAGAUCAUGAUAUGCCAACGACACACAUACCAGAGGUUGCCAUUCCUCUUCCUGGCCACCCUUUCGUUAAGAAUUGAUGUCACACGUUGCUGAUGAGAACUCCCCAUACUCCGAAUCUAGCAUAACAAAGAAAUGUGAUUGGUUAAUCUGUGACUAAAGAAUGUGGUUGGCUAAUCUUUAAAUGAGUAAUGUGAUUGAUUAAUCUGUGCAGGCGGGGACGAGGCAGUAGAGCGAGAGCACACUCUGGAGGAAACGUCUGCAAAGGAAGGAAGUGCGACGCCGCAGAAGAAGAACAAGAAGCACAAAAAACACAAGAGCAAGAAGAAGAAGAAGAAACGUGGCAAGGGAGAGCGAGAGACCAGCUCAGAGUCGGCCCCAGAGUCCGACGUAGAAAAGCCGCCAAUCAGAACCAGAGCAGGGUGAGGCUCCUCCCAUUAGAACCAGAACAUUGUUUGACUCGUCCCAUGAGAACCAUAACUCUGCUAGAUUCCGCCCAUUACAACCAGACCAGGGGUGCGUUCAGUUCGCUUGAACGUUUGCUAUGUUGCGGAAUGGCUUGUACUGAACAACACAUUUCCCCGAAACUUCUUGAACAGACUCUGUGGUAUGUUUGCUCCGUUUGGUGGGUGUGGCUUGAAGCAAUGACUGAUGUAUUUAUAGGGAAGAGGUGCAUUUUGAUGCCACAACCCAACCCCUCCCCAUUUUUUAACUGACGUUCAGUACAGCACCGUUUCCGUUCAAUUGAAUGUUCUAUUACGUUUGUAUGUACUGAAUAGACAGAACAGGGUGUUGCUUGGUCACCUCUAGAUGGUUUCCACACUGGAAUUUAGGAGAUAAAGCAGCAGAAAUGUUCAGCCAACAGGCUCUUGUUUGUUUGGCUCUAUACCGUUUGGGCAAUUGUGAAUAUAGUAUUCAUUAUAUUUGCUGCUAUAAUCAAUAUAUUUGCUGCUGUUUUUAGCUUGAGGAGUGCUGGCCCAGUGGCCUCUGAUGCAGGAGCAGACACGAAAGAGGAGGCAACAAAGGACUUGAUCACAGGUAAGGGGUGUGGCUCUGGGGUGGGGUGUAGUGGUUAGGGUGUAGGAAACGGAACAGAUGCGAAGUGAUUUGUUACUGAUGCUUGUGUACCUGUCCACACAGAUAAACCUGAGGUAGAAGGUGACGCUAAAGCCAGAAAACACAAAAGACAUGCUGGGAAAAAGAAGAGAAAAAGGAGGAGAAAAGGGGAAGAAAAGCAGGAGAAGAACUCUUCUUCACACUCCCUAUCAGAGAGCGAAUCUAUGUCAGGGACAGAUUCUGAGUCUGAGGGGAAGCCAGCUGGCAUGGUAGUGCAGGCUGUUCCCAUGCCGUCUAAGGCCAGGCAAGUGGAGAGAGUGCCCUCCCUAUGCAAAACUCUGGCCCAAAAAGAGGAAUCUCUGAAAAUGAUGUGUCAACCCUCAGAUGAUGAGUCUGUGGAUGAAGGAGGGAAGGCAGAAGAGAAGGCGCCCCCUGCUAACAGGGAGGACCAAACCGUCUCUGUCAUAAAGGCAGAAGAUCCACGGAGCGAGGGGAGCUUCAGCCACACCCAGGAACUUCCUGACAUCAUCCCCAAGCAGGAUGGCCAGAAGGAGGAAACCAACGCAGGGCAGAGGUCAAAGGUGAAGAACCAGGCUCCCUCCAGGUCAAGGUCACGGUCGCUGACAGACACUAAAACCGCUAGAUCAAGUCUUAGUCGUUCACCAAGCCCCAAGCAGUCCAGAUCAAGCCGCAGUCGUUCACAAAGCCCCACGCGAUUGUCUGGUCAGCCUGUGUCUGGCAGGGGCAGGUCUCGAUCCGGCUCAAAAAGCAUGACUCCCAAGAGGAAGCAGUCCAAGUCCCCCAAAAGGACAAGACGUAAAUCUCCUUUGUCCCCUAGGAGAGGAUGCAAGUCCCCUUCUCUGUCCCCCAGAAGAGGACGCAAGUCUCCUUCUCUGUCCCCCAGAAGAGGACGCAAGUCUCCUUCUCUGUCCCCCAGAAGAGGACGCAAGUCUCCUUCUCUGUCCCCCAGAAGAGGACGCAAGUCUCCUUCUCUGUCCCCCAGAAGAGGACGCAAGUCUCCUUCUCUGUCCCCCAGAAGAGGACGCAAGUCUCCUUCUCUGUCCCCCAGAAGAGGACGCAAGUCUCCUUCUCUGUCCCCCAGAAGAGGACGCAAGUCUCCUUCUCUGUCCCCCAGAAGAGGACGCAAGUCUCCUUCUCUGUCCCCCAGAAGAGGACGCAAGUCUCCUUCUCUGUCCCCCAAGAGGGGACGGAAGUCCCCUUCUCUAUCUCCCAAGAGAGGAUGCAAGUCCCCUAAGAGAGGACAUAAUUCCCCUUCUCUGUCCCCUAAGAGACGACGUAUGUCUCCUUCUCUGUCCCCCAGGAGAGGACACAAGUCUCCUUUGUCCCCUUGGAGAGGAUGCAAGUCUCCUUCUGUGUCCCCUAGAAGAAGACGCAAAUUGUCUCCUUUGUCUCCUAGAAGAGGACGCAAGUUGUCUCCUUUGUCCCCUAGAAGAGGACGCAAGUUGUCUCCUUUGUCCCCUAGAAGAGGACGCAAGUUGUCUCCUUUGUCCCCUAGAAGAGGACGCAAGUUGUCUCCUUUGUCCCCUAGAAGAGGACGCAAGUUGUCCCCUUCUCUGUCCCCUAGAAGAGGACGCAAGUUGUCCCCUUCUCUGUCCCCUAGGAGAGGACGCAAGUUGUCCCCUUCUCUGUCCCCUAGGAGAGGACGCAAGUUGUCCCCGUCUCUGUCCCCUAGGAGAGGACGCAAGUUGUCCCCGUCUCUGUCCCCUAGGAGAGGACGCAAGUCAUCUCCUCUGUCCCCUAGGAGAGGACGCAAGUCAUCUCCUCUGUCCCCUAGGAGAGGACGCAAGUCAUCUCCUCUGUCCCCUAGGAGAGGACGCAAGUCCUCUCCUCUGUCCCCUAGGAGAGGACGCAAGUCAUCUCCUCUGUCCCCUAGGAGAGGACGCAAGUCAUCUCCUCUGUCCCCUAGGAGAGGACGCAAGUCAUCUCCUCUGUCCCCUAGGAGAGGACGCAAGUCAUCUCCUCUGUCCCCUAGGAGAGGACGCAAACCGUCUCCUCUGUCCCCUAGGAGAGGACGCAAACCGUCUCCGUCUCCCAGACGAGGGCGGCGGUCUGAGUCCAGGCCACGUGGCUCUGUCAGGAGGUCGAGGACCAGAACCCCUCCUCCUCGUCGUGGUAGACGUCCGUGGUCCCGCUCUCCUGUGAGGCCGACUUGCCGCUCACGCUCUAGAUCUAGACGGCUCCAUCGCUCCCGGUCGCUGAGGAGAGGCCGGCGUUCCCAGAGCAGCUCCCUGUCUCGCAGGAAGAGGUCCCCCCCAAGGACACGACGGUCCCGGUCUCCGGUCAGGAGAGGCAGGCGGACUCGCUCCCGCUCCGUCGUGAUCCUGAAGAGGAACAGGAAAGGCUCACGGUCCAAAUCCCCACGGGGCAAGGACAACAAGUCCCGCUCCAGGAGCCGCAGGAUAUCCAGGUCACCAGUUAAGAAAAUACGUUCUAGAUCACCGAAGCAGAGCAGGACAAAGUCCAGAUCCCCAGGACUCAGUAAACCAUCAACAUCACGAUCACUAUCGCCACGUAACCGGUCCAAGUCUCAUACUCCUAAAUCCAAAUCCCAGAAAAGAAACAAGCGUUCAAUGUCAAAAUCGCCCAUCAGUGACAAAUCCAAGUCUGUCUCAAGCGACAGGCAAUCUGAGAGCGUAUCCCCAGAACGCUCAAGAUCCAGGUCUACUGCCAAGGACAUAAAGUCUCAGAAAAUGGCUGACAAGCAUACUACAGACACGACUGUGAAUAAUGAAGCGUCUACUAAGCCUGUUGCGGAAGCUGUAGCAGCAGCUGCAGCAGAGCCCUGGAAGCCCCUCGCUUUGGCUGCUGCCUCCAAAUCUACCACACAGGGCAAGCCAGUGGCUGGGCAGGCUGAAGAGAGCAGCUCUGAGAUUCCAUCUGAAGACCAUGACUCAGCAGCAGAAGAGCCAAAGGGGGAAAGAAGCCCAACAAGCUCCUCUGAAGAAGAGCCAGAUGAGCAUGCUACCUCCAGGUCUGUUUCACCAGAGACCGUUCCUGCUGAUCGCCGCUCCAGGUCCUCACCUUCUAAAUCUCCCAUUAAGAAGACAUCCCCAAAACAACGGCAGUCCUCAACGUCAGCGUCUCCUACCAGGAAGUCCCGAUCACCUGCCGGCAGGAAGAUGUCCACCUCUCCCUCACGGAGGCGCUCCCGGUCCAAGUCCAUCUCUCCCUCUCAGUCCAAGUCUGCCUCCAGAAGGAGACGUUCCAAGUCCCCAGCCAGAAAAAGGAAGUCUGUCUCCCCGCCUGCCAGACGGAAGAAGAGGUCUAAGUCCAGAAGUCCUGCCCGGCGCAGGAGAUCACGCUCUAAGUCACCGGCACGGCGCAGGAAGUCACGUUCCAAGUCCAGAACCAGGACCAAGCGCUCAAAGUCCCGCUCUCCGGCAAGAAGGAAGAGGUCCAAGUCAGCAGACAGGAGCAAACGCUCCAAGUCUCGUUCUCCAGGCCGGAGGAGAAGGUCCCGCUCCGGGUCGCGGCGGCGCCGGCCCGUCAUGCGGAAUCGCUCGUUUGACCGACGCGACCGAUGGAAACGGGAACCAAGCCACUCGCCAAUCCUCAUCCUCCGCAAGCGCCGUUCCACAUCUCGAGGCCGCCGCAGUGCCAGCAAGACCCCUCCUCGUCUCACUGAGCUGGGUAAGACUACACUACACCUAUGGUAUAAUCAGUAUUGUGUGGAUUAAUUGAAACAUGUAAUCCGUUACCAAUUAGUUGCAUGAAAAAUUAAGUAAUAAUUUGGAUUACUCAAAAUUAGUAACAUAAUCGAUUUACAUUUGGAUUACUUUCACUUCUAACACCUAGGGCCCUAUAAAAUUGGUAUUCGUUUAGCUUUUCCAAGUUUACAUUUUUUCAGGUUUUUGCUCUCAAAAUCACACUUAUUUUGUAAAAGACAAAAAAAUCUAAAUUGGAGGUUCUAAGUCCACAACAAUGCUUAAACCACAUCAGGGGACCACUUUUGAGGUCUGGGACAUUUUUUAGAAAUGUUUUCAUUGUGGGUGUAGUUAUCCUUUAAUGCAAGUGCACCAGCCAGAGACAAUUGUUUGGUUAGCAGUGUUUCUGUAGUGCUCAUGUGAUUGCAGAGUUGGCUAAAUAAAUGAUAACUCGAUUUAUGCAAAUAAUCAUAUCAUUCUGCCAGGUAGGCAUAGGCUACUUUGUAGUUAACAUUUUAAUUGAGAAGGUUUUUGGGAAAGCCUUUCCAUUUACCAGUAGACUGUUAUCAUUAGCAUUAUCGCUAACGGCAACACAAAGUGUAGACUACACAUGCACGCAUCACACAACACACACAGACGUGCAUUCCUGUGCCAUUUCAGAAAGUUGCAGGAUAAUACGAAUCACUGAUACAUUUUGUUAAUGUCUUAUGAUUAACUUGGGCAAAUAAAUGAAUUUUAGAAUAAGUUCAAUACAUUUAGUUGAUUUCCUACUAAGUUCAAUGCAUUUUAAUGUCUGGAUUCCGUCCGUGUUUUCCACAACGCAGAUUUAAUAGCGCCCUAAACACCAAGACAUAUUUAAAAAAGUUAAAAGUUAAAUCUAAUAUAGCAUUUUUUCAUUUAGUAACAUGAGUAUUUCCAAAUGGGAACUAGUGUGGGAGCAUAGCUUAAAAAACCUAUAAUUCACAUGUUCUAUUUUAUGUGUAAGAGCAUAGUCACAGGGCUCCAUAUAAAACAUUUCAGUUUCGAUCGUCGUCUUAUAAAGUAGAGUGUCUGCUAAAUGACACAUGUAAAUGUAAACGGGAAAUGACGUUUUUAUAUGCGUCAACUCAAAAACAGAAUACUUGAAUAUCCCGAAUAAUAACAGGAUAUUGGUGCGCAUGUAAACGUGGUCAGUGAGGCCAAUGGUGACUUUAAAACAGUUAGAGUUUAAUGGCUGUGGUAGAACAGAGGAUGGAAUAACAACAUGGUAGUUACUCCACAAUACUAACUUAAAUGACAGAGUGAAAAGAAGGAAGCCUUUACAGAAUAAAAAUAUUCCAAAACAUGUAUCCAGUUUGCGAUAAGGCACUAAAGUAAAACUGCAAAAAAUGUGGCAAAGAAAUUACCUUUGUCCUGAAUACAAAGCGUUAUGUUUGAGGCAAAUCCAACACAUCACUGAGUAUCACUCUUCAUAUUUUCACGCAUGGUGGUGGCUGCAUCAUGUUCUGGUUAUGCUUGUCAUUGGCAAGGACUAGGACGCUGUUUUGGAUAAAAAGGAAUGGAAUAGAGCUACGCACAGGCAAAUUCUAGAGGGAAACCCUGGUUCAGUCUGCUUUCCAACAGACACUGGGAGACAAAUUCACCUUUCAGCAGGACAAUAACCUAAAACACGAGGCCAAAUCUACACUGGAGUUGCUCACCAAGGCGACAUUGAAUGUUCCUGAGUGGCCUAGUUACAGUUCUGGCUUGAAAAUCUAUGGCAAGACUUGAAAAGGGCUGUCUAGCAAUGAUCAACAACCAACCAAAGCUUGAAGAAUUUAAAAAAGAAUGUGCACAUUUUUUACAGUCCAGAUGUACAAAACUCUUACAUUUACCCAGAAAGACUCACAACUAUAAUAGCUGCCAAAGGUGAUUCUAACAUGUAUUGACUCUGGAGGUUGAAUGCUUAUCUAAUCAAGAUAUAUUAGUGUUUUAUUUUUCAUACAUUUAUUUUUUACAAAUGUUAUAAUUUUUCUUCCACUGAAAUUACAGCGUAUUUUGUGUAGAUUGAUGACCAAAAAAAAGACAAUUAAAUCCAUUUAAAUCCCACUUUGUGGAAAAAGUCGAGUUGUAAAUACUUUCUGAAGGGGCUGUAUAACAGUACAUUUAAUGCAUAGAUCUAGGAACCCACCUUGAAUGGCCGGCGUGAGUGCCCUUUGUUCAAUAUUAAAUACAAUUCAGACUAGAAAUCUGGGACCCUUUUCUCUUCAACAUUAACAACGGUGCUGUCAAUACUGUGUUUUCCCCUCGAUUAGACCUACAUUUUUUUAUAUUGUGCAAUCAGAAAGCAUUUCACGAGGGAGAGAGUGAAACUGCACUGUUUCAAAGCAGCAAUCAGGAACUCUAGUCCAGGUUUUUGCCCUAGCACUACACAGCUGAUUGAAAUAAUCAAAGCUUGAUGAUGAGUUGGUUAUUUGGUUGAGCUGUGUGUAGUGCUAGAGCAAAAACUAAAAUGUGCACCCAGGGGGUGCCCCAGGACCGAUUUUGGGAAACUCUGGUCCAGAUGACUGUGUGAUUGACCAGUGGGCCAGUUGUAAAUGUUUUGGAAGCCUUAUCUAUUAAUUCAAUCAAAAAGGAAGCCAUCCACCCUUGAUGGGCGAUCAAUAGAAUCUCUGAGAGCAUGUGAGAAGUCUUGAUGUUGUGCUAAAUGACAGCGAUGAUGACAGUUUUAUCAAAUUUUCCUCUUGAUAUUAGAUGACAUAAUCCCAAAAGUAAUCAGCUCUUUUUUAAGAAUGUAACUGUAAUCCGAUUACACGCUUUUCAAAAUUAAUCCGAAUUGAUUAGUUACUUCAUUUUUGUAAUCAGAUUACGUAAUCCAAGUUACAUGUAAUCAGUUACUACCCAACCCUGGGUAUAAUAUCCAAUGUACUGUUAUUGUUUAGUACCCUCAGUUUAAUGGUGGCUGUUCUAGGCACCUUAGAACAGAUUAGGUGUGAGGAUGUCGUCCGAAAUUCCACUGUUGACAGAUGUCUGUUCCCUCCUUUCUCUUUCCUCUCUCCUUUCUCUAUUCACAGACAAAGACCAGCUCCUGGAGAUAGCGAAGGCCAAUGCAGCAGCCAUGUGUGCUAAAGCAGGUGUGCCCAUCCCAGAGAGUCUGAGACCCAAGGCCAUCCUCCAGCUGCCCCUGCCCAACCCAGCCCCAACUCCCCUGAAUCUGCCUCUUCCCCUGCCGUUGCCUCUCAACAUGCCCGGCAUGGGCAUGCCCAAUAUGCCCAACAUGCACAACAUGCACAUGCCCAACAUGCACAUGCCCAACAUGCACAUGCCCAACAUGAACAUGCCCAACAUGAACAUGCCCAACAUGAACAUGCCCAACAUGAACAUGCCCAACAUGAACAUGCAUAUGCCCAAUAUGAAUAUGCCCAAUAUGAAUAUGCCCAAUAUUAAUAUGUCCAAUAUUAAUAUGUCCAAUAUGGGCAAUAUGUCCAAUAUGGCCAUGAGUGCUGCCAUGGCCAGUAUGACAGCUGCCACCAUGACUGCAGCCCUCACCAACAUGGCCCAGAUGUCAAACAUGCCCCAGAUGGCCCCCCUCCCCACCAUCACCAACAAGCCCCAGAUGGCCCCCCUCCCCACCAUCACCAACAAGCCCCCUCCUAGCCAGGCUCCCCAAACAACCCUUCCCCCCCUCAACCUGGACCACAUAGAGGAGGUGAAGAGGAAGGUGACUCAGCAGGCCAACAUCUACAGCAUCAAGGAGCUCACUGAGGUAAGAAAUACAAGAGACUUCACUUGCAAUGUAUGUAAUAACAAAGAUCUACUUAAUGCAUUGUGGAUGUAGACCCCCCCCCCCAUAUGGAUUCCUGCAAGCAUCAAACUGUAGACUCCCCAUAUGGAUUACAGCAAGCAUCAAACUUUAGCUCAGACACCUAGUCUUUGUUUUAUGUAGUUGUGUAUUUGAGGUUAGAAAUACAAGACUACUGUGUUGUUUGGGGCGUUCUCUUGUAUUACUCUGACUGUUCACUUUACAAUGAUUUGUGUAUGUUUUAAAAAUCAAUCUAUGUGUGUGUAUAUGUGUUUAGAAAUGUAAGAUGAUCGCAGCGAGUAAAGAGGAGAUGGCCAUAGCGAAGCCACACGUGUCUGAUGACGAGGAUGAGGACAGGAAGCCUCGCGGCAAGAGCUUCCUCAGUGUAAGAACUCACAACCUUCAUCCUAACAUUCACACACAUUCGUGGCAUGAUGAAGAGUACAGUGAUGACAUU